AUGUCAACUGAGGAGGCGGGGAGUGGGAAGAUAAAUUGUCAUCUCAUCCUUCUUUGCAGCGACAGUCCUCUCUUUGAUUUUAACGUGCUGACUGCCAUUCUUGCCCAUGGAGUGGCACUGGCACCGACGCCGUCAGAGGCGGCAUCCGCGACACCGCCAUCAGCAGAUGCAACGGGGGACAAUGAUGCGGAGGGGAGUCUCAUCAACGCCAUCUUGGCGGCACUGCAGGCGGCUUCCAGAGGACCUUCCGAGGUGGGCACGAACGCCUUCAGUGCCACCGCGCUGAGCACCGCCACUAGCGGAAAAGUCAGUAAGGCAUUGAAGGGCGCCAAGAAAUCCGCAGCCAUGUCAGUCACGGCCACGUCGGCACCUAUUCGGAAUGGCUCUUUAGUUGAAGGGUUAAAGACCUUGGGGGGCGACGGCACGCAGCGGUCGCGUGCGGAGUGGUACAGUGUGGUGAAGGGUCCACAAUGGCGUGUCCCGGUUGUGUUUAUACACCAGUUGCCAGAACUUGAGCGAUGUGAGGGGGCAGAGGGCACGGGCUCGAUGCAUACGGGCACGCGCGAGGCACCUGCAGACUUUAGCGCGAUGGUGCAAAACGCAUUUCGAAUGAUCGCCGAAGACAUGGAUGGCUUCGCCAACACUAAUAACGACACAUGUAUCAGGACGUUGCUCUCUGAUGGCAGCGUCCUUGGCGAACAAACGCAGCUUGUGCCACAACCAGGCGGAAAACCGCGGGUGUUCACGGGAGAAAUAGCCGUGGUGUUGGCGCUGCAGGAUCCCCGGGACCUACCCGCACUGCUAAAUAGGAGAGCAUCCCCAACCAAUGCUAUUGACACACGUCUUGUCGUGCAGUUUGUAGAUGGACGACCGGCUGGCGUAGCAAGGGCGACGGGUUCAGUUAACACAAGUGGACGCUCGCGUGCCGCCGCGUCUGGCAAGCGCACAGCCCCGCGUGAGAGCGCUAUGCCUGGUUUGUCAACUGGUGCCAAAGACGCUGAUGGAAGCAAUGCCUCCGGUGACGCCGUCAACACACUCAACGCGUGGAUUGAGAGGCGGCAGAGGGAGGGAGGGAUCAAGGUGGUAACAUCUGCAGGGGAAGCCUCUGGACCCGGUGUAGUUUGCCUGCGUGAGGUAUUUGAGAGCGGCGGGGACGACAAGGGCGUGUGGGUGCAGCGUUGCGUGCGAAAUGUGCUGCCAAUGAUACAGCACGUUUCGCACGACAUCGCACGUUACGUGGAGCUGAUUGGCUCGAAAACGGUGUAUCGUCUUCCCGCCACUUUGGCAAUGCCACAGCCGCAAGCACAGGCCCCGACACAGCAGGAGGAACCCUUCGUCGGGACUGAAACUACCGUUGAGUCAUCGAUGUUGUUUCGAACAAGAGACCAAGCCCCAACGAUGUUUACCCCUCUGGCAUCCGGUAUGACAAUGACUGCGACGUCGGCGAGAACGAUGGGCUUCGACGAGACCGUUUUGCAAUACCCGCCCACAAGUGACUUGACACUCCUGCCCGGGAACACAGCCCGCUUUUUGCAUGGGGAGAGGGAGAAAUGGCCGUACUAUGUUCGGGAAGUGAAAGUGCGAGGGCAGUGGACGUGUGCCUCCGCCGCAUGCGCCCUCGCCGCACAGGUAACCGUCUCAUUGGCGAGGCAGCAGGAACUGAGAGUGGUGUGCCCUGCAGACGAGGGGGACACCAACACCUCUCUGGCAGUGAUGAAUGAACAGGAUGCGGCGUUGCCGGUAGUCAACAUAAGAGAUAGAACCGGAGCCUCGCUACUGUUACAGCUUCGUCAGUACGCUUCCAAGCGUACGGUAUUGGGAGCAUUGGAUAUGAAUGGUGGCGCGGACAUUGCUGCUGCUGCUGCUGGGGUGGUGGCAGCGGCAGCGGCAGCGGCAGCGGCGGCGGGGAGGAGAGAUGGGAAGUCGAGCAUCCCCGUAGAAACUCCAGGCAGUACACCACCACGUUGCUCCCCCAUACCCGUGGACGAGGACCAAAGUUUGUUGGUCAACACGACGGCAACACUGCCGAUGGAUCACACAUUGGACCGCCCAGCAAACCCGCCAAGCCCGGAGGAGAUUCGGUGGAUGACGCAGCAGUUCAUUAAACGGGGGAUUGGCUCCCUUGCCUCCCUGCCCGCAGAGGUUCUGAGGGGCGAGGGACCCCUCAUGUUUUCUCCGGAUGAACUAAGAGCAGCGAUUAAAGUGCAGGAGCUUCUGGAGGAGACGUUAAAUGGGCACACCUUGAACGAUGCGGAGGACGCGAUGGACGAGCGUUUGUUACAUCUUGUUGAGGAAGACUUUAAGCGCGCCAGUGAGACACUUGCCUACGGGUGGAACCAGGUGUGGGAUGACCUUACCGUCGCAGUGGGUCUCACCACUGUGAAUGAAAAGUUGCGGUCUUCGGUUGAGCGUAAAUUGACAGCACUUGAGCGGACACACAUCCUGCAGCAGAUUUAUCUUAUGCAGCUCGCUCGGAAGUCACGCAUGACAGGCAUGGUGGUCGCCACCAGCACAGCCCUAGCAUCCACUCGCAAUGGGUGGGCUGCGUUGACGCAUUCAAAUGCGCGGAGAGACGUGGUUGGCCCCACCCUGCGGUCUGUGGAGGAGUGUAUGACGAUGCCCGUGGCAAUCCGCCGUUUGUAUGAGUUUCAGUCUCGCUUUGGUUCGCAUAUUUGCCGCGUGAUGCGUUGUCCUAUUUCCGAUCCGUUAGAGACGCUGGAUGGAAACCUCACCACACUGUACUCUACACAUGCUGAGAAUGUGUACUCACGGAAGCGGGUUCAAGCGGUGAUGUUGGGUGGCGUACCCGUUCCGCAUGAACGGCAGACGCGGUGGGUGUGGUGCCAUUACGUUGCCGGUGUUCCCACCAUCGACCAAAUGAACGAGCUCAGUGCCUCGCGGGGCCCAGCGACGUCUCAUGCGGUUCCUCCGUCCGCCGCUUCCGUUGGAGAGCCCGCAGUGAACGCAACUUCUACUGUUUUUGGGGCUUCUAUUGGGGAGCUGCUUCGUCAGCAGCUUCUGCAGCGACUACAGGCGUCACCGCAGCUCUUGCUCGCACCGGUGGAAGAUAAAGGGCGAACGAACGGUGUGUGCCGCUCUGAAGGGAAGCUGCAAACGGUGCUGGAGGGUCGUCACGUCUUGUACCCCUUUGAAAAUAGCGUGGUUGAGGUGGUCACGACCGACCGAGGUCGCAUGUGCCGCUACGUGAAACCCAGCGAGUUAACCUGUACGCUGCACUAUGGCAUUGCACCACCGCCACCACCGUCACCGUCACUCAGUGCGGCUGCCGGGAGUGUUGCCGGCGGGAACGUGAACGCGUUGGUGCCGCCACAUGUUCCACACAAACUGCCGCGUGAUGAGGCUAUCUACUUCACAGCCACCUUUGAUGACGGGGUGGUUUUCACCUGUACCCCGCACUGGGCUACACCCGUGAAUCCCAGCACCGUCGUAGAAAAGGAACCCGACGUCAGCCCCAGCACGGUCUCUGUAAAGAGUCCAAGCUUACGCCGUGGGAAGGCAGCAAACAGGUCCAGUAGACGAGGCACGAACACCUCUACGGUAUUGACAGACGAUAACCACCCGAGUGCGCGACGGGGGGUGGGGGCGGCGAAGCAAAAACGACGUGGUGGCGAGGACGUCGACCCGUUGACAGCGGUGUCCGAAAGGUCGAUUCGCGUGGAGGAGCAUCCCCGCGUUUUUCCUGUCGCGCUGGAAGGAUCUGUCUUAUUGUGGACUGCAGCCCCAGAGGUAGUGCCUGGCGAGGACACGAAUGCAAAUACCUCGUUGCCGGUAGCUGUCGGCGCGGAAGUUCCCCGCAAGAUUCCCAGUUUAGCAGCGACUGUGGCCGCCAACGGUGUCACGGUACACUGUGAGGAGGAGGAUGGAAUUUUGUGGAUCAUGCGGCACGAGUCUAGCGAGCGUCUGGCGACGGAACUGCUGCGCUGCGUGCAUGUGUAUGACGCGCAUGCAAGGUGGGAGGAGACGGUAGAGAUGGAGGUGCAUCGCGCAGUGCUAGAGGAGGUGGGGGCAGUUUGCCGCUACUUUCACUCCGGUGCCACACGGAUGAUGUACCCCAAUGGGACGGUCGUCACGCGAUACCCGGUGCCGGUGGCCACUUUGGGUGGCACACCAGUCAUUUGCGAGACAGUUCUUAUGGCAACAGGCCUCUGCUACGUGCGUCAGCUAUGCGAGGGGAGCGCAAGUCCCUUUGUACACGUCGUGGCUAACACCCUUGAGACCCGGGUUGCGUAUGAUCGUAGCAAUCGCUGCCGCAUUGUCUCACGGGCAGACGGCGUCAUGAUAGUCUACUAUUACUUGAACCGCGACUCUCAAGAGCCAAACAAGCAACAACAAGGGGAAGGAGGGGAGGGGAGACACCUGAGCGGUGAUAGCGUCACAAAUCAACAGUAUCGUAAGGAGGAUGAGGAGUGGGAAGAAAGGCCUGCGUGGAGUGACGACAACUCCGCUCUGUGUGAUACAGAUGUCAUUGCCCGUGUCACAUUACAUGCAGAUGGCACCUGCAUCACGACCUUCUCAAGUUGCCUGAUACAUGAGGCCUGCACCGACCCCCCAGCGCCGUUGAAGACGUUGUUAGAGCAGGUGGGUGUUGUUGGCGCGGCAUGUGGGGCCACAGUACACUAUUGUGUGGAAGCGCCAUCACUGCCCCGCGUAUUUGUGUGUGCCUCGUUACACGAUGGUGCUUGGGCCACCGCUGAAGGCGCGCGCUGCGUAACGCUACAAGACACAGAAGCUCAAAGGGCACUUACUGCGGCAUUGCAGAAUAUACCCUCUCCUAAAUGCAACAGCACGCCUGAAUUUGCUGCCUCACCCUUGUCUUUGACGGGUUGCCCCUUUCCUGCACUUAACGCUGGCACUAGCGACAACCUUGUCGGCACCUUCAUACGAUGCAAGUCGUAUAACUGGUUCUACAUCGUAUUUGGUGACGGCUCCGUGCUGCGGCGACGUGUGAUGUAUCGUGGCAUGCGUGGAAACGGUUUUCCCUUUUUAGAAACACUCUUUACGCGCUCCACGGCAACCUCCAUUCGUGUGAUUCAUGAGUCUGGGCUGGCCAUCGUGGAGCCGUCCGAGGCUGUGCGCCGCAACGCGGAGGCGAUCACAUCCCUUGCGAUUGGUGAGGGCUUCGCCAUGUUUGACAUGGCGCUGGGUGGGAUGCGGCUGGUGGACCAUCAACACCACGUGACGGAGGUGCAUAAUUUGUAUUCUUCGGGCCCAGUCAGGGCGGGCCUGACGUCCGCCACGCUUGAGGGCCUUCUUCGCAAGCUUGUGCUGCCGACGUACACCCCGCAUACUGUCACCAAAGCCCGCCAGGUGGCGAUGCGGCAAGAAGAACUGAGGGCAGACGCACGGACCCGGUGGAACCGUGCCACAGGGACCUGUGCGGCGCUGACAACGCGUCUGCGGGAGCUUGCCGAAGGCUUCGUCAUCGCCCACAAUCUACUUCGCAUUGACAUUCUCAACAUGUCCAAGCGUCAGUGGGAAGCUGGAAGCUUGGGAAAUGUUGAAAAAAAGUCUGCACGCGAAUUCGCGCCAGAGGCGUCGUGGGGCAACACCACCUCUUCCAUGGCAACAGAAGGCUCCACUGUGCUGGAAACCCUCGUGCCCGCGACUGUGGCCAUACCAUUGGGCGUGUUGCCCAUUUUAUUUUCCGAAUUGGAGAAUGGUGUUGUGGUGCAGCACAUUCACCAUCACGAGGUGGAGGAGUACGUGCACGCCAGAGGUGCUGAGCUGUUCCCCGUAUUUUUGACGCGAAGCACCGCUGCUGGUGAGCCCGGUGUGCAGCAGCUGACGUUUUUUCGCGCCGAGGCGAAUGUACGGGCUGCCGAUGUGUCAGCGCCAGUUGGGCCCACGUCGACUGUUUUUGCCUCGGGGCGCUGCUCAUCAUGCUUGUGGCACACCACCGGCGAUCUGAAGUUUGGGCAGAGCAACACGGUGGUGACGGGUUCCCUCCUGAGUGGGGCGGUGCAGCGGCAGAAGAGGCUGGCCCUCUUUUCAGGGAGGCGGCUGGCGUUUCCAACGACGCAGUGGCUUCCACCGGCGGUGCAGCCCCCUCGCCACUUUCUGAAUUCGCGCCUCAACACCCAGGGCAGUGGCGCGCGGGCGGGGGGCGUGGUACUGAUGGACGACGUCAUUGGCAAGAGUGGCGGUGCCACAGACUCGCUCUCCUCCUACGAGCGAUUGCGUAUCUUUUUCAAGUUCAAUGAGUUUACGCCAACAGCUCAGCAGGCCGUGUUGGCGAGUGAGGUGCGGCGGCAUGAGCAGCUUGCGUCCAUGCUAACGUACCACAAGGCCAUGAAUGCGUUGACGCCGGAAAUGUCUUACAAUGCCAGCGAUGAGCAGCGGCGCCUCCGUGAGAAGUACCUCAUCACAUCCACGUCCUGUGGGAACCCCACGCAGGCAGGAAGUGCAGAAACACAAAGAGUGACAGGAAGCGAAUGA